AUGAAUAUUUAUAAACUGUAUCCUCUUUUAUUGCAUUACUUAGAUGUCAACGACAACAAACCGAUAUUCGAAAAAUCCUUCUACUCGAUCAGAGUUUUGGAAUCGAUUCCGACCGGUACAACGAUUCUCACGUUUUUGGCUCUUGAUCCAGACGAAGGGGCAAACGGCGAAGUUGAGUACACUCUGUCAAAAAUGUCGAAAAAUGUGUACGGCUCGAAGCUGGCUGUUGAUCGAAAAAAAGGAACCCUAUACGUCGUCGGAUUUUUAGACCGAGAACACGUUCCAGUGUACCAUCUCACCGUUGUGGCGAAAGAUCGCGGAGCCGAUAGUCUAAGCAGCGAAGUUUCAGCAACCGUCUACGUCGAUGAUGUUAACGAUAAUCCUCCGCUUAUCACCGUUUCGACCGUCUCAGCAGACAGGCUUGAAGAUGUCUACCCGGGUACAUUCCUGGCGCACAUCACCGUUCAAGAUCCAGAUGACGGAAAUAACGCUAAAACAACUUGCUCAUUG